GGGGACGCGGCACAGGUGGGAGAAAACCGUAGUAAUGGUUCUCGGGAAAGCGGAUGCUGGAGGGCACACACAGGAGCGGCUGGGGGUGCUGGGUUUGGGGAGGGCUCAAACUCGUGGCUGCUGGGUGGUCCAGGAGGGCAAGGCUGGGGUGUCCUGACGAGAACUGAAGAGUCUCUUCCUGGAUCCCUGCCUGGUCAGCAGGGAAACACCGGUCUCCCAGGCACCCACACCUAACCAGAGCGGGGAUUUCCACCGCCUGUCGCCCUUUGGAGGAAAGUGAAAGUGAAAGGAGGAAGAGGAGGCUUCAUGGCUGAGGAGAUCGCAGCGCCAUGAAGUCCCUGUCUCUGGUCCUCGCUAUGGCUUUGGGCCUGGCGACCGCCGUCUCGGCAGGACCGGCGGUGAUCGAGUGUUGGCUCGUGGAGGAUGCGAGCGGAAAGGGCCUGGCCAAGAGACCUGCUGCACUGCUGUUGCGCCAGGGGACUGGGGGACCGCCGCCCCGGCCGGACCUCGACCCUGAGCUCUACCUCAAUGUGCACGACCCCGCGGGCGCCCUCCAGGCUGCCUUCAGGCGGUACCCCCGGGGCGCGCCCGCGCCACACUGCGAGAUGAGCCGCUUCGUCCCUCUCCCUGCCUCUGCGAACUGGGCCAGCCGCCUGACCCCGGAACAGAACUGCCCGCGGGCCCUGGAUGGGGCUUGGCUGAUGGUCAGCAUGUCCAGCCCAGUCCUCAGCCUCUCCAGCCUUUUGCGACCACAACCAGCGCCUCAGCAGGAGCCUGUUCUCAUCACCAUGGCAACAGUGGUACUGACCGUCCUCACCCACACCCCUGCCCCUCGAGUAAGACUGGGACAAGAUGCUAUGCUGGACUUGAGCUUUGCCUACAUGCCCCCCACCUCUGAGGCUGCCUCAUCUCUAGCUCCGGGUCCCCCUCCCUUUGGGCUAGAGUGGCGACGCCAGCACCUGGGUAAGGGACAUCUGCUCCUGGCUGCAACUCCUGGGCUGGAUGGGCAGAUGCCAGCAGCCCAAGAAGGGGCAGUGGCAUUUGCUGCUUGGGAUGAUGAUGAGCCAUGGGGCCCAUGGACCGGAAAUGGAACCUUCUGGCUGCCUAGAGUUCAACCCUUUCAGGAGGGCACCUAUCUGGCCACUGUACACCUGCCAUACCUGCAAGGACAGGUCACCCUGGAGCUUGCUGUGUACAAACCCCCGAAAGUGUCCCUGAUGCCAGCACCUCUUGCAUGGGCCGCCCCCGGGGAGGCACCCCCAGAGUUGGUCUGCCUUGUGUCCCACUUCUACCCUUCUGGGGGCCUGGAGGUGGAGUGGGAGCUCCGGGGUGGGCCAGGGGGCCGCUCUCAGAAGGCCGAGGGGCAGAGGUGGCUGUCAGGCCUGCGCCACCAUUCUGAUGGCUCUGUCAGCCUCUCUGGGCACUUGCAACCACCCCCAGUCACCACUGAGCAGCAUGGGGCACGAUAUACCUGUCGAAUCCACCAUUCCAGCCUGCCUACCUCGGGGCGCAGUGCUGAGGUCACCUUGGAGGUAGCAGGUCUCUCAGGACCCUCCCUUGAGGACAGCGUAGGCCUUUUCCUGUCUGCCUUUUUUCUGCUUGGGCUCAUCAAGGCGCUGUGCUGGGCUGCUGUCUACCUGUCCACCUGCAAGGAUGCAAAGGAGAAGAAAGCAGAGUGAGGGCACUCACCACCAUCCUGUGGAAGCCACCAUCAACUCUGGCCCAAGCUUCUGCAGUAGCUCCCCAAAAUAAUACCCAUCAUCUGCUCCUA